GCAGAAGUUUCAUCAGGCACUGUACUUUUGGAUCGCUUGAAGGGCAAUGUUAAAUCAGGCAAAAAGGACAGUGCAGGAAAACAGACACAAGAAGAAGCUGGCUCACCACAAGAGCAAGUAGCAGAGGCACACGCUAGGGAGAAACGGGAGACAGAGGCGGCCGCUGAAGAAGGGAACUGCGACAUUGCAGAGAAAGCAGCCAGCUCUCAUCUUCAACAGUCAGGCGGCACAGUGUUGGCAGAAGCCAGUGUAAAGCAGCCAGAAAACAAUGGGUCUUCAAUGUAUCUGCCUCACAUUGCUCCCAACAAAAGGGACAAUUCUUCCACAUUACUUAGUGCGACAGAAAACAGUGCAAAGCCUGCAGUGGUGGAGGAUGUCUCUGUUCCGAAAGAUCCGUCCAGAGAAUCUGUUGUAAAAGAUAACAAGAUUUUGAGUAUAAAGUCACCAGAAAUGGAAGAGGAAGUAGUAAGGAAGGUAGCAGAUAACUAUAGUAAUCUUGUAUUGUCAAGUGAUAUGGUAACAAGAGAUUUUAAUCUGAGAUCUGUCUCAGAGUUGGGAAUCAGCAGUGUAACUGGGGCUCCCCAACACAUGAGGAGCUACACAGAUGUUGCGGUAGAAGCAGAGAAGGCCACGGGUGCUCCUUUUGAGAUAAAGGCCCCACAGCACCUGUCACCUCCUGAUGUCAGUCUUCCUCCGUCAAUUGUCAACUCGGAUGACCGUCUAUCAGCUGCCGGUGUUAAGCCACUGUCCCGCGAUCUGAAGUCUGCUAAAGAUGAUGAGGCAGAAGACAACACAUAAAGGACAAUGUUUGCUUGUGUGUUCGCGAGUUCUGAGGAAAAAGCAAAAUUUGUGUAUGUAAAUGUGGCAGUGCAACUUCCCUGUGUUGAUGAAAUUGGCCACGUGAUUUCAUGACCGAGAAUACGUUGAUGCGAUUUUCAGACUGCUCUAUCCUGUCAAAAAAUUGUCCAAAUAAUGACAUAUCACACCUGUCGUGUGUGGCCUGUAGGUCCAUAAAGACUUUUGUCAUUCUAAGCAAUGGUGUAUGCAAUUAUUGUUGCAGUUACUGUAUAGCAAGUAUUUAUGAUGGUGUAAUUAGUUGUAUCCCCCUCCCCCCAAAUGUGUAAAUGUGGCCACUUAUUUCAGUAUCUCUGUUGAUAAAAGAAAAUCUAGUCAAUUACCCUAGCCUACUGCAAUUUACUCAUUUUGUAUAAGAGGAUCUCCAUCGAGUAUUGAAACACCUGUGGCUGAAACCCAUUAUGUACUUAGGUAUUGUGAUGUAAUGCACAAUUAAAACUGGCCUUUGACCAUUUGCCAAGACCAAAACAUUUCAGCUGUGAAAACAUAUGUGCAACCUUGUGACAGUUUCUGGGCUUAGUAUAAUUAGUUGUUGGUUUUUGGUAUUUUCUGUAAGUAAUAUACACCAAUUUUUUUUUCUUUUUAAAAACAUAGUAAUAUGUCGCAUUCAUUGAAUUAUUGCGUUACAUUACAAAAUGUCCAUCAAAAUUUAUAAGAACAUAGACUAACAUAUCAGGUCAGUAGCCUAGACAAGUAUGUAUAUUUUUAUAAUUGAAUUGAAAUUGCAGUCCUUUUGGUGUUGUCAUAGAGUUUUGAUGCAUAAAUUCUGUACCAAACAACAUUUAUAAGAUGGCAGGACUUCCAGUACGUAAAGUUUUGGUUAUUAAUUAAAAGGUGACUUGAUAGCUCCUUAGGAAGAGAUGUUUAUACAUGUAACAAUCUGUGUUUUUAGCUAUGUAUUUUUGAGACAAAUUCUUUCUAUGUGUAAUGCUCGCAUAUUUCUGUUUGUGAUUAACUGUUUGAAGCAGUUCCAUUGCUGCUAUAAAAUGAAAUACUUGAAACCUGUCAUUGAAAACUGGCCAGAAGUCACAAAAAUAAUUCGAAAGCUGAUGAGUAACUUUAGGUAAUGUUGACUCUUCGUGUGGAUGCAGAAAUGUUGUAACUCAUUGUAGAAAUGCCUGAAAAGUUUCGCUUGAAAUGAUUAUCCUGUAGUCACCCUGCAGUUUCAAUUUGAGUCAUCCAAACAGUGGUGCUUUCAACAGCAUAGCUGACCUGUGACAACAGUGUACAACAGACCUUUCUGUGUGUACCUUAAACUCCUUGGUACUGUACUCAUGUUUCAGAGAUGCAGGUGUAUCAAUAAAAUGUGCCACACCUGAUUUUGUGAUAAUGACUUUGUGGAGUGUUCCUUUAAGUAAUAACUGCUUACCCACCAGCUGUGGUGGGCGUAUGGAAUGUACUAACAGAAAUACUGUUUUUAUGACUCAUGAUCAGGUCUUAAAUCUGUAGACUGAAUCACCCACAAAAUUUAAGGUUGUCAUUCAGCUCUCUGUAUUACACUUCUAAGCUUUUCUUAUUUACCUCUUUUCUAUAAAAUUUAUUUAUCUUACCAUAGUUCUGUCAUUAGAGCUCAUCUCUUGCUCUUGUUAUAAA